AUGCGUCUUUCACAACUAUUAUCUAAUAAGACUGAUCAUGAUGCGUUGGCAUUAUUAUCCCAACAUAUGUAUACUAAACAUCGAAAUAUUUUUAUUGGUAUUGGUACUGUUAUUGUCACUGGUUUAACAACAUUUGUUAUACUGCGUAAUUAUACAUAUAAUCAUCGAGAUCGUUUAGUUACAAUUCGUCGUGAAAUUCAAGAUGUAACACCAGUAAUCAUUGAUCUGUUUAGUUCAAUUCGACUUGUUCCAGAUAAUCAAGAAGUAUUUACACAUGCUGAAUCAGAUCAAAGUAUAAUUAUUGAAAUUCUUGAACGUGUCAAUCAAGUAUCUGAUGAAAAUGCUAUUAAAUAUCAUUUCGAUGCAUUAGUUGAAGCAAAUGACGCUCAAAAUAUUCAGGAUCAUAUCGUUGAUAAAAUUGAAGCGAUUCCAAUCAGUUCACUUAUUGUUCAACGAUUAAGUUCAGCUUGGUAUUUAUCUGGCCGACAGCAAGUAUCAAAAUAUCAUGAACAAGCAAAAAAUUUAGUUCAUAUUCAUGUUUGCCUUCUUCGUUUGGGCGGUGAUCUUGCAACCGAUAUUCUUAUUUCAUUCAAUGAUCCAAUUUUGAUUAGUGAACAAAGUAGUAGCAACAACGAACAAAAUCACAAUGCUUCCCAGUGGACAUUAAAUGAUUUCGAACAGUUUUUUCGCUCAUUUGAAAUAGUCGAUUACGGGUUGUUUGUGCCAGAAUCUAAUAAUGAAACUUCACAGUCGAACAAUAUUGAAAUGUCUUGA